CCCUUUCAUCACGAUAUUCCUAGAAUUCGCCCCUAUUUACUCUACUCUGUUAUCCGGAAACUUUCCCCCAACGAUGGAUCCUACACAGUAUUUACCGGGAGGAGAAAGAUGGAGCCAGGUCCAGCAUGUUAUGCAAACAACUUCCGUGACCAGAAAUAGGGCUGUUGCUGCAUUAAAGGCAUGUCGAAAUGACACUGAAGCGGCGAUAAAUAUGCUCGGGACAGUAUUUGCUACUCGUAUACGCCCUGCUUUAGUUAGUUCCAACGUCCACAGACUUACAGUUCUUGGAACCACCAGAGACAAAGGCCAACCCCAUGCCAGGGACAUCAGCACCAAAGAACCCCCCAGUGCGUCCCAGGCAAAAUAGCAACGAAUCUCCGGAGCUUUUUGUGCCCAAUGGUGGAUUACAGACCGCCUCGCCAGCUGACACAACAGCUACCCGUCGCGAUACCGAGGCCAACAACCCAUCAGAAUCCUCGGAUAAUAGUGCCCGGCGUAAUAAUAAUAGUAAUGGUGUCGGGAGCGUUAACGGCAUUGGAAAUAGUAAUGGCGUGGAAAAGAGUAAUGAGGUCAAAAAGAGUAAUGGUGAUGAUCGUGAGUAGUCUAAUUGUUUUGCAUGAGCGACUAGGAAGUAACUUUAGCACUCAAGGAAGUCAAGAUGAUUCAGCGGAGUCGAGCCACCCUGAAUGGGAUUUUAGCCUGCCACCCGUCACCAGUGGUGUUGGAGAAUUCCGACCGGAAGAGGGGAUGAUAUUGAGCUUUUCAAUGGCAAGGCUUGUUGUUGGUCUACAGCAGGGUAUCGAUGACAGUAAACUCAUUCAGUACUUUUCAUAUUAUCGGCCGGACACUGUCUCGCGGAGCAUUAACAAAACCGUAUCGGGAUACCCUGGAAUUUUUUACGCAGUCGCGACCAAUGACGAGAAAUUGAUAAGGACCUGGAUAAAGUAUGGGGGAGAUCCCAAUGCCGUGGAGAAGACACAUGGAUUUCCACUUCUGGCGUUCGCCAUUUUAAAUACUCUCAAUGUUCACAAAGACACUACGAUAAUGACCACCACGCUCCUUAGUUUGGGCGCGGAUGCUAGCGUUAUUCCAAGAGCCUUCUUUACACCAUUUCUACAGGACCCACCAGUGGAAGGUCCAGACCCACGAACAGUAACGGAUAUAGACGAGCCGAAGAAGAAAUGGUGCAAACGGUACAUCUGGCCAUCGCUCGCCCGAGUAACCAAUAUCUCACAAAGAUACUUUCUAGAAAAGACCAUCAAGGAUAAGCCGGCAUCCGCACGUCAAAACCAAGUAGCUCUGGCGCAUAAUGCGACGGAGCUGUUGGGAAUAUCAUACUUCAUGAUUGGACAGGCGACUGCCGCAAGCUCUGUUAUUAAGAAGUUUCUCACCCACCUUGCGCUACCGACCAGUAAACCCUUAGUGCUUGUCUUUGCCGGACCUAGCGGCCACGGGAAAACGGAGUUAGCAAAGCGCCUUGGUCAACUCCUGACACUAGAACUCGAAUGCGUCGAUUCCACAGAGAUCAGACGCGAGUCUGAUCUGUUCGGGCCUAAGCAGCCAUAUAUGGGAUAUGAGAAAGGCUCCCCGUUAAACAAUUUCUUAACACGAAUGAGCGGGAAUCGAGCGAUCGUUUUCCUGGACGAGUUCGAAAAGACAACGCGAGAAGUGCAGAAUGCCUGCUUGAUUCCUUUCGACGAAGGGAAGUACGUCGACCGAAGAAACCGGGAAGCUGUGGACUGUUCAAAGACAAUCUGGAUCAUAGCAACGAACGCGCUAGAUCGGAAAAUCGUCGAUUUUUGUGAAAAGAACCCAGGCGUCCUCACAAACGACGAUCAAGAUAAACAUGCACGACUAAUGACCGACUUGGAAAAGACCCUGAAGAAGCAAUUAAAACAUACUUUCGGAAACCCCUUGUCCGGUAGAAUUUCAGCAGUCCUCCCCUUCCUCCCUUUCUCCCUCGGCGAACAAGCAGUAGUGGCACACAAAUACAUCCUCGAACUGAAACACAAAGUCCUGACACCUGUGAACCUCUCCUCGGGGAAACUGGUCGGGAGAGUACUCUUGCACAUCAAGAGCGACGGUGCCGUCUGCAAAGCUGUGUCAACGGAAGGGUAUGAUCCGGACCAGGGUGCGCGUUCGCUGCAGACUGCGGUCAAGACACGUAUCGAGGAGGAGCUAGUACAUACAUAUUUGGAAGAAGACGAGGUUAUUUCUGAGACGCAGCCUCUCGCGGAUUAUACGGUAGAUAUUCAGCAGGAUGGGACGUUGUUGAUAUUUAAGUCUACGGGGGCGGAGAAGUCCUUCGCGGAUUAGACUUUUUGGGGUUUGCUUUUCUGGGAAGCUUUCGGUAGCGACGAUUGGAUUAAUAUGAUACAAGUUUGGAGUCUCUUGGUAAUGUAGGGGAUCACUGUUUUGGGUUGACUUUGACCUCAAUAUAUCCAAAUUCAUGUCGGCACACUCGAUAGGGUUAGGGGAGUCGCGCUCC